AUGGCACAGUCGAAAGACAACCGUGCAAGACUUUUCUCUCAGUCUAACAUUGCGCUCCCAGAGGCGAAGUCGGGGUCACAGGGGGCGAUUGAGGCUUCACGUGGUGUCGCCUCCAGCGAAUCAGAAGGUGUACUCAGAGGGGCAACUCUGACAUCCAUGCCGUCGGUGCCCACAGAGUUCUUUGCUGAGGACAAGAUGAAAGUCAAUUCCGCCAGCGAAUCUGAAGGCGUUCUCAGAGCAGCGACGCUUAAGUCCAUGCCGUCGGUGCCCGCAGACUUCUUUGCUGAGGACAAGAUGAAAGUCAAUUCCGCCAGCGAAUCUGAAGGCGUUCUCAGAGCAGCGACGCUUAAGUCCAUGCCGUCGGUGCCCGCAGACUUCUUUGCUGAGGACAAGAUGAAAGUCAAUUCCGCCAGCGAAUCUGAAGGCGUUCUCAGAGCAGCGACGCUUAAGUCCAUGCCGUCGGUGCCCGCAGACUUUUUUUCUGAGGAGAGGCUGAGACGCGCUCGGACGUCAAAAUUGACGGGAGCCUUGAGCAUGAUUGACGAAAUGCUCGACGAUGAGAAAGUUGCGCAAGCCAACGAAACCGGCGAUUACAGGGUUAAGCUCCAAGGACCCGACGGAGGGAUUACGGUGGACAUCUGGGACCUUUCUCUCUACCCUCUGUGGUUCUAUGACCACUACCAGUCUCUGCGUAGAGAGUAUCUUAAAAUGAGGGCCAACCCAGACCGCACCCCGGAGCAGGAACGAUACACUCCCCCCCAUCCUGGUGUAGAUUACAUCUACAACCAGUGCCCAUUUGUGUCUCAUGCAGGCAACAUGGACUUUAUUAGCAUGAGUGCGCACUGCAUCUUUCCUGAUGGGGCCCGAUUGCCAGCCGAUGUGGACAAGUCCAUGCGGAGUCGCCCAUUCUUCGCCAAUGCAGGAAGCAUCAAGUGUGAUUGGUUCGGGUGCGGUAAAUGA